GCUGUGUUUGACUGGUUCUUCGAAGCAGCCUCCCCACCCUCCCUGCAGGAGGAUCCCCCCAUCCUGAGACAGUUCCCCCCAGACUUCAGAGAUCAUGAAGCUAUGCAGAUGGUGCCCAAAUUCUGCUUCCCUUUUGAUGUGGAAAGGGAGCCCCCCAGCCCUGCUGUGCAGCACUUCACCUUCACGCUCACGGACCUGGCUGGGAACCGUAGGUUUGGGUUCUGCCGCCUUCGAGCCGGGGCGCGGAGUUGUCUCUGCAUCCUCAGCCACCUGCCUUGGUUUGAAGUCUUCUACAAGCUGCUGAACAACGUGGGAGACCUUCUGGCUCAGGGUCAAGUCUCAGAAGCCGAGAAACUGCUUCUAAAUCUCCUGCAGCAGCCCCUGCCUGGGCCCCAGGCUUUGGUGAGGCUGGAGUUGGGCAGCGAGUUGAUGAUAUCCAACCCACACAGUAUCCUGCCUACUACCCAGGGGAAGAGAAUGCCGCUUUCCUGCUUCGUGGCCCCGGAUUCUGGCAGCCUGCCCUCCAUCCCUGAGAAUAGGAACCUAACGGAGUUGGUGGUGGCGGUAACCGACGAGAACAUCGUGGGACUGUUUGCGGCGCUCCUAGCUGAGAGAAGAGUCCUGCUUACCGCCAGCAAGCUCAGCACCCUGACUUCGUGCGUCCACGCGUCCUGUGCUCUCCUGUACCCCAUGCGCUGGGAGCACGUUCUGAUCCCCACACUGCCUCCGCACCUGCUGGACUAUUGCUGCGCGCCCAUGCCCUACCUCAUCGGAGUGCACGCCAGUCUCGCGGAGAGAGUACGAGACAAAGCGCUGGAAGACGUCGUGCUCAUGAACGUGGACUCUAAUACCUUGGAGACGCCCUUCGACGACGUGCAGGCGCUACCUCCAGACGUGGUGUCCCUGCUGAGGCUGCGGCUAAGGAAGGUAGCUCUGACCCCCGGGGAAGGGGUGUCCCGUCUCUUCCUAAAAGCCCAAGCCCUGCUUUUCGGGGGGUACCGCGACGCGCUCGUCUGCAGCCCGGGCCAGCCUGUAACCUUCAGUGAGGACGCCUUCUUGGCUCAGAAGCCCGGAGCGCGCCUACAGGACUUCCACCGGCGAGCGGUGCACCUGCAGCUGUUCAAACAGUUUAUCGAGGGCCGGCUGGAGAAGCUCAAUGCUGGGGAGGGCUUCUCAGAUCUCUUCGAACAGGAAAUCACCUGCACCGAAGCCUCCUCAGGAGCCCUCCGCUCCUACCAGCUCUGGGCAGACAACCUGAAGAAAGGAGGUGGUGCCCUCUUGCACUCAGUCAAGGCUAAGACCCAACCAGCCGUGAGGAACAUGUACCGCUCGGCCAAGAGUGGCUUGAAGGGAAUGCAGAACCUUCUGAUGUACAAGGAUGGAGACUCUGGUCUACAAAGAGGGGGCUCCUUGAGAGCUCUCCCCUUCACCAGCCGCUCAGAUCGCCUCCAACAGCGUCUGCCAAUUACCCAGCAUUUUGGACAGAACCGGCCCCUUCGCCCUAACAGGAGACAUGGGUUGAAAGAGGAACCUUCUGAGCCCUCAGGGUAUGUAACGCCCCCUCGGAGCCCUGAGGACACUGGAGGCAUAUGGGCAGAGGAAACCCUAGAUAGCAGCUUCUUGGGGUCAGGAGAACUGGAUUUGUUGAGUGAGAUCCUAGACAGCCUGAAUGUGGAAGUCAAGAGCACAGGGAGUCUGCGACCCAGCCAGAGCUUGGACUGUUGCCACAGAGAGGACAUGGACAGUGACUUCAGCCCGGUGAGAGCUCCUGACUUACCAAGAUGGCGCCCUGAGGAUGAGACGCUACCAGAACACCACCUGCUGUCCCUGCCCACCCACCUGCCGUCUCUCCAAGACCACCAGACCUCAGAUGUCUCAAGCUGCUCAAAGAACCCCAGUUUCCAGCUGCCUGCAGAAGCCAGCCAAGACACCAUUUCUCUAUCCCCGCCCUUAACCGCCUCUGUAGACCCAAGCUGCCAGUGGCCCCCAGAAUCCUCUCCUCUCAUUGAGCCCUGCCCCCUAACCCUACAUCUCUCCCCUCCACAUAAACCAGCAGAAGAAUCUAGAGACUGGGAGAGUCCUCACUCCUUGUUGUCCACCAUGCCUACCCAGCCCAACCCUCCUGAAAGUCCCCUAUCUCUGUCCCUCCCAGAAUUCAAGCUUGAUAUUGCCUGGACAUCCCAACUCCAGGACACUUCCUCAGAUCCCGAUUUCUCAGAGACCCCUAGAGCCCAGACUUCCCAGAGGCUGGGGGUAGAGCAGGCUCACCUCCAGCCCCUCAUAGAACCAGGAGCCCCCAGACCCUCUACUGCAACUACCAAUGACAGACAGGAGCCUCAGGCCAGAAGCCAACCCCGAGUUGCUGAGCUUAAGAAAUGUUUUGAGGGUUAA